CCUAGGGUUCGCCUUUCUAAUCAAACUGAGCGGCAGAUUACCAGCUUCGUGUAUUUUUUAGAAUAUCAAAGCGACGUUCCAAAAUGUGAUAUGGAUUGGCAUUUUACUCGUCGUUUUGAUAACUAGAAGUAAAUCAAACAUUCGAUGGGCUAAUUUUUCAGGAAACUAUUGAAAUCGUGCUGAAUUGAAAAAUCCUAAUUUGAAGGUUGAGAAAACUACCAAGAUUGUUGAUGCAUAGGAACUGAAGUGGGUAUUGAGUCAAUAUGGCCUGGAAUGUAAAUAUUUUUAGGAAACAUAGAAAAAAGUUCCAGGCUGAGGAUAAUCCUACCCAAGCGGGUAUCCUUUCCUUCUAUGGGGAGGAGGAACACCCAGAACUAGCUAGCGAGCAUGAGAGCUUAGAUGAGAUUGCCUCUGGUGCAGGGAGUCUUGUUGCAGGUGAGGAAAAUGCUAUCCUCCAUGGCAGUGCCCUUCCAAUGGCAGAUGAGCCAGUUGAAGGAGACCUCAGCACAACAUCUGAGUGGGAUGAUUCACUCACUGGUGGUGACCAAGAAGGUGAUAUCAAUAUUCCAGCCGGAAUGGCUCUCUGUGAAUUGUGUGGACAUCUUGGUGACAGGGAAUCAUUUUACUCAAAAAGCAAGCGAUUUUGCCGGAUGGAAUGUGCCAAGAAAUUCUCUGCUUGUCAAAAGAAAAACACCAAUAGAAAUAUUCUAGGAAAAAGGCCUGCAGCUAAGAAAAGACCAAGAGUAGCAAGCAAGCAAAAACGACAACGACUAGACACUCCGCUGGAAGCAUCGCUUGAAUCUCCAAGCAGCUCAGCGCAGUCGGCUUCGAGUUGGAUUGACCAGGUCUUCAGCUGGGAUGAAUACUUGAAAAGUACUGGUGAUAAGCCUGCUCCCGAACAUUUUUUUAAACACACAAUGCGUGCGCCUACGCUUAGCGAAAUCCAUGUUGGCAUGAAAGUAGAAGUAGUCAACUGCAGUAAUGGUACGCCUAAAGACAACGAAACGGCUUACUGGGUUGCAACAAUUCUUAAAGUUAACGUUAACAUGAUGUUGUUGCGAUAUGAAGGGUAUGAAGAUGAUGGUGUAGAUGACUUUUGGUUCGACGUCAGGUCAAAAAACGUGCAUCCAGUUGGAUGGUGCUACAGCGUGCAGAAGCUUCUAAUUCCACCGCCAGCUAUCAAAAGUAGAAGAUCGAAUUGGCAACAGUAUCUGUUCAAAAAGCUCUCUGGGGCACGGACAUUCUCUAAUGACUUUUUAGAAAGGGUACAAAACGGAAACCACAACAAAUUCGACAUUGGCAUGAAAGUUGAAGUGUCUGAUAAACACAACUUGGUGUCGAUGUGUGUUGCAACGAUCGUGGAUAUUGUUGGUGAUAGACUGCGCUUGCGAUAUGAUGGGCUUGACGCCGAAAUGAAUGAAGAUUUUCUCUGCCAUUACCUCUCGUGUGACAUUCAUCCUGUGGGAUGGUCAUCACUGGUUGGCCAUACACUCCAACCGCCAGUCGGGUGGAAACAAGGGCUCACAGAAUGGAAUGAAUUUUUAGCAGAAGAUCUUCAGAAUUCUCGUGACGCUCCACAAGAAUGCUUUGUACCUGAAUCCAUGGGAACCCCGCCUAGCCGGUACGGUCACUUUGAACCCGGGGCGAAAUUCGAAGCAAUCGACCCCCUGAAUCCAAGCAACAUUAUUGUAGCCACCGUGAUCAAAUCGCUGCGGUUCAAUUAUUUUAUCGCCGGAAUCGACUCUACCACCAAUUAUUUCAUAUGCCAUGCUAAUUCACGAAGUAUUUUCCCUGUGCAUUGGUGUAAAAAUCAGAAGAUAAGCCUCACCCUGCCUAAAGAAUAUUCUGGGAAAUCCUUCGAUUGGGUAAAAUACUUGGCAAAAACUGGAGGAAAACGCGUCUCUUCGUUACUUUUCAAGCAGUGUGAAAAACGUAUAAAUCCAUUUCAACCCGGGAUGAAAAUAGAGGCUGUUGACCUUCGUGAGCCAUCCUUCAUUUGCCCAGCUACUAUCAUUGAGUCCAAGGGGCCACUGGUUCGCGUUCAUUUCGACGGAUGGGACGCUACAUUCGAUCAAUGGUGUGACUGCGAAUCGUUGGAUCUGUUCCCAGUUGGUUGGUGUGAGAAGAAUGGACACCCACUUCAACCUCCUGGAUCCCAGAUGCCGGAUGUCGUUCUCGAGGCAAUUCGUCCUAAGCGUCCUGAUUUCAGCGUACCGUCACCUUCAUUGAAAAUGGCACAACCGAAGGAGCAGGCUCCCCAACAAAACCCGCUUUCUGGGGGUAAACCCUCAUUUAAACCAGCUAAAAUCAAACGCGAGAACUCCUUCGAGAAGAAGCCAGCGAGUGCUUUGCGCAUUGGAAACCCACCAAGAAGUCCCGCAUCUCAAAAAGUUGUUGCGAAGGCUGGCUGUAACAUGAUAUACUUCAAUCAGCAUUGCGCUUCCGGGCCGUUUCUAAAUCCACACGAGGUUGUAAAUCUUCCAGACUCAAUAACUGGCGCGCUUAUAGGUCCACCUCACCAGAACUGUAUCCGCAAAUGUCUGCAUCAUAUCGUUAACGCAGCCAUAGAUCCGAAUCAGGUGCUUGAGUUGUUCAGCAAAGAGUUUUAUCAGACAAAGCAGAACAAGGAUUUGAAACUUGACCAUGUAAUUUGCGUCGAAAUCACCGGCAAGAGUGGCAAAAGAUUCCUAAGGAGGGUUCGUGUACCCAGCAAGCAAAACCUCAUCCCCAAAUAUCUGGCCAGGGUUUGUAGCAUGUUGAAGUGCUGUCCUUCUUUUGUAUGCGAUGAGAGGUUUUUUGGUGGAAAAUGUGACACGAAUUGUAAUCAACAAUUUGGUUAUACAUCAUAUCCAGACAACGAGACUCACGCACUUCCUGAUUCACAAACUGGCGAAGAAUUCGAUGAUAUACGACCAAGAACAUCAAAGAUGCCCCCCACUCAAUACCUUGAUUCUCCUGGGGGUCCAUCGUCAUCCACGCAAGACAGAGGAUUCGACCCGUUAAACAUGCUCGAUGAAGAAUCUGUUCGUAGCAAAGAUCCGAGGACGUGGACUGUGAACGAGGUUAUGGAUUUUCUCGCUGCCAUUGGCUGUCAAGAUCAUGCCAUGACGUUUCAAAAACAGGAAAUAGAUGGCAAAGCGCUACUUUUAUUACCAGCCAAUGCUCUUGAGGCAUUGACGGAUAACAAACUCGGACCAAUAACAAAAUUAAUGGAUGCCCUUCAAAGUCUGAAGAAGAUGUGGGGACUGCAUUCGUAGGUUCGUUACAUGAACAUUCAAUUUGUAAAAAGCAGAGAUAAGUUUAAUUUUUUUACCUUCUUGUGUUACUUGGUUUUAUUAGGAGCCGAAUGAAAAGGUACCGUGACCCAGGUAGUUGAAAAUAGCUGUGUUCCUUUUUAACAAAUUUCGAAGGACCACAGAUAACCUGUUCUCACACGCCACAAAAAAUUGUUGUCGUAACUUGCUCAAAAAGCAAAGAUCUGCAGAAGUUUGUUAAAGUACAUUCUAUGUCUGGAAUAGACAGGUGGAUGAAAUGAUGGGGCGGAUGGAAGAAUUCUCGAUGAGGAGUAGAAGUGGUGGUGCAAUAAACAUUUCCAGGUUGAUUUUUUCUCACUAUUUAACAAGCGUCCGGGCUGCUUCUUCCAUAUUCUAGUGUUAACAAUUUAGCCGGGGUGUAGCAGGUCUCUUUGUAAAACGUUCCUGGUAAAAAGGAAUCAAAUGAGACUUUGGUACAGCAAAAAUUCAAGAUGGAACGGAAAAAUGGGAACAGAGAAACAUUAAAGUAUGUUAUGUCUCCGUUUUACCGUGUUAUUGUCAAAUUUAAUGGAUUCAUUUAACUUGUUCAAUAGCAGGGAAAAAAUCCUGCAUUGUAGAAAAAUUUAAAUUAUUGGAAUGAAAGUUCAAGCUAAUGAUAAAGAGGCUUAAGCCAUCAUGAUAAAGAGGCUUAAACCAUCUGUCAAUCAAAAUUGGCCAAUCAAUAAGCUUAUUACCACGCUCACGUUUAUUAAUAGUAGAUCGACCGACGGUCCAAGCCACUUUAGCAUCUGUCGAUUGCCUUUAAGGGGCUUAUGUAUGUGGUUUCAACCAAAUUUCAAGCAUUCUGGUUUCCAAGAUUGCAAAUUAAGGCUCCAAAGCAGCGUUUGACCUAUUUUUUGUAAGUUUGAAAAAUGUUUCUUGGCCGCUGGCAUAAGAGCUAAGAGCGAAGAACGAGUGUUGAUUGUUUUGGAGCUAUAAAAAUGAUACAAGUUCAAACUACUGUCAAGUUUAUAGCCAAAAAAAAUUCAAAUUAUAUUCGGUUGUGAUCAUGUUAAAGUAAAAAAUUGUAUUGAGCUCAAGAUCAGAGACCGAAUUAAAUGUUUUGUAUCGGACCAAUUUGGUUAGAAUAUUGUCACGCAUUUCCAUUGCAUAGUUUAUUAUACUCAGAUUCUUUAGAUGAUGCAAUUUUGGAGAAAACCAAUCUUUCGGAAAAUUAGCAAUUUUUUGUGUGCUAUUUAAUAUGGCGAAUUGUGCGUAGAAACAUCCUUUGCACUUUUGGUUUACCAAAAUACUCAUGAAAAGAUUCGACAUGUUCAUGUUAGUUAACCCUUGUUUUAUUUGAAGUACAUUUUGUUCAAAUGUAGUUUAAGUUAUCAGCCAGAAGAGUGUUGUUUGAAGAUCAGAGCAGAACAUCUGAUUGAUUUUUGUCAUUGUGCAUAGAAAUUUUAGGGAUUCCCCAUUUAUAGGAAUUUAGAUCGAAAUAUCUUUCCUCAGAGAGAGGCUGGGUGUGUAGUUUAUUUUAUGUUUAAGAUUUUUGCAUCAGUUUUUCAGCUCGUAUGGUUACCCUACCCAACCAAAGCAUCAUCAUAUUUAUUUAUCGCUCAAAGUUCAAAAGAGGCAUUUUCGUAUUAUAGAAGGUCGCAGCGAGAGGUAGUGGCUGCUUAGGUGCUGAUAGCUUCAUCUAUUGUUAAGUGUAGUAUCACUUUUAUGCCUGACCUCAACCAUGAAUUAAAUGUGAAUCAUUCCUCAGCUCAAGUUAGAUUAACCAAGGGUGAACCAGUUUUUGCAUCUUCUAUGCUUAUAGAUUUAUUUAUUUCUUUGAUGAGACAAGUCUAGGUCCAUACCAGCAUUUGAUAUAAUUUUUGUCAAAUGUAAGUUAUAACUUGAAGCAAUUGUUUAUUGGUAGUUAGGCUGAUGGCCUUGCAGCUCUUAUUCUUCUUCUAGCACUUGAACUGGCUGAUAAGGUGCAGCAAAUGUGAAUCAGAUGUAAAAAUAUAUAAAUAUAUAUGUAAGGUAUACGUUUUUGUGUACAUAAUUAUUUUAGAAAAUUAGCACCCAAACCUUUUAGGUCUUUCUCCCUCGUUAGGCUAUUCGAGUUUUUUUAAAUCCUUUGUCUACUUGUAUUGUGCCAGUGAGAACUCAGACAUUGUUCAAACUCCAACAAAUAGAGAGAUAGUCAUAUAUUACAAGAUUUUAAGCAUACCCACCACUGCUUUUAACAGUGUAAAAUUUUGUAGCAUUCUAAUUUUUCUGCAAUUCCAAGUACAAAUCAAUUGUCACUCUGUUAGCAAUUUUAUUAGAGACCUUUUUCCGGAAUUACACAAAUAUUUUUGCGUAAAUGACACCAAAAACCAAUUUCUUAACCAACUACCUGUUUAGUAUCAUUGAAUUCCUAAAGUAAGCUAAUGCUAAUCAGAACUCUUACUGCUUUGGUUAAGGAGAUUUAGGUGUGUAGAUCACACGAGAAGAAUCUUGUUCCCCAAUAUGUGUCGUAAGCCAUAAUUAUUUAAUGGGGUUUUAUUAAUUUGCAACAAGGCCAAACUCUGGCUGUUGAGUAGUUAUAUGCAUUUUAGUCUUCAAAUAGACGGAAAAGCAUGAUGUCAGUAGACCCACACACUAAUUAACAUACUAUUUUUCCUAACACAGCUUGUUAUCAGUUUGCGUUAAAGAAUGUCAGAAUUCUUUUAGCCAAUUUUAGCAUAAUGUGCGUACAAUGA